AUAUCAUAAGAUAAGAUAAAUAAUUAAAACUUUCAAAUUUGAUAAGGUGAGAAGUUAAAAAUAAAAUUUUUACCUCCAUUUUUAGUUGCUGAGUUUAAAUUUCCCUUCUCUAAAUUUGUACCUGUUAAAAAAAUAAUAAAAAAGAUCACCACUGCACUAAACUUUAAAAAAAAUAAAUAAAAGGACGACGAAGAGGUUGCUCAAUGGGUCCAUCCAAUAAAAUGAGGUAUGACCCGAUAGUCAAAGCCCAAAGGAUUACAGGAAAACAGGACCUGUGAUGUUAAAAAUGGGACCCUGUAAAUCACACAAAAGGACAUCGUUGGUUAAUUGGUAUCGUCCAUGCAGGACAUCAUUGCUGUUUUCUCUGUGCGCUCUCGUCUGCCUUCUGGAACGCAACAUCUUAAUUGCAACAAUUCAAUUUCACACCAAUCACACCAACCAGGAUUUUUUUAUCAUCAAGUCUAUGCAAAAGGCGUAGAUUGCGCUUGUGAUUGCAGAAGUUCUUAACUACAAGCACCAAUUGCGUUUCGUUGGUGGAGAUAAAAUCCAAACCAAGUGUUUUUGUUGAGUUUUUUUUUUUCUUUUAAAUUUAAUUUAAUUUUAAGUUACACAAUAAUUUAUUUUAUUUAGA